GCAGUCCGGUACUGGAUGGAGGGACAUCAACUUUCUGUCUGUUGUGACCAGACGAGGUAACCUGCUCUCCACUGAGCAUGUGGUCUCCGAAGACACUGGCAACAUGUUGACGGUGAGAGAUGAGUAGGGAAUAGGGAGGCUUUACGUUGGCUGAAUAUCACUGGUGGACAAUCAUCUCCGAUACGGAGGGAACAACAGCAGCUUUAAUAGGACAGAGUGGCAGUGAUGGUUACGGCUAUUGCAUAAUUUUAAACAAUCCAUUAACAUAAAACAUGACAUGAAAUACAUGGCAAUAUUCUGAUUAUUUGUCUAAGAAAACAGAAGACAGACUAACGGAACAGGUAAAGAAUGUAGCUGGGAAUCUUCAGGACAGGCACUGACACGACGCUGUCAUGGAACUGUUCUCCUUCACCAUCAUUGAGCCAGGCUGCACCAUGUGAACACAUCACGUCUGUGAUGGUUACUACGCCUUGUGCCUGAGAGGUCUCCACCAUGGAGACAGAACGCUACACCCCGGCCCCCAGCGACUGGGCUGAGGUGGUGGUGAGUGUUGGGGCCCUGGAGGUAGUCUCAGAAGGGAGCGUGUCCUCCAGCAAAGCCUGGUACAUGCCUUACCCACUGGGCUUCCAGGUGUCUCUGACUGCCUUCCUGAUGCUGGAGCUGGUGCUGGGCUUCAGCAGCAACCUGACCGUGCUGGUGCUUUACUGGUCCCAGUCCAAGCUGGUCGACUCGGUCAGCAACAUGGUCACGGUCAACUUGCAUGUCCUGGACGUGGUGCUGUGCGUUCUGUGUCUGCCUCUGACCCUGGUGGUGGUUCUGCUACCCCCCGGGCCCAACCUGGCGCUUCUCUGCUGCUUCCACGAGGCAUGUGUCACCUUCGCCUCCAUCGCCACCGCCAUCAACGUGCUGGUCAUCAGCGUGGACCGCUACGACAUCUCGGUCCGGCCGGCCAACCGUUUGCUCACCCCGCAGAGGGCGGGGCACCUGCUGGCCACAGUCUGGGCCACGUCUCUGGCCGUCUUCUUCAUCCCGUUCCUGGAGGUGGAGUUUCUCACCGGGGGAGCGGAGAGUGGGCAUGACGGCCCCGCCUCCUCUUCGUCCUCCCCCCCGGGCACCACCCCGGUUCCUGGGUGGCGUAACCGGACGCUGCUGUGUGUGGGCGGGCAGGGCUACCACACUGGCCUGGCUAUGUACUACCACCUCAUGCUGCAGGUGCCCAUCUUCUUCAUCACGGUGGUAGUCAUGCUGUUCACCUAUUCACGGAUCCUACGGGCCUUGAACAUUCGCAUCGGCUCCCACAUCAAGAAGAGCCAGCGCUUCAGGGGCCCCUCCUAUAGGGGGCGCCGUAAGAAGCAGAAGCAGGUGGCGAGGCUGGGAGUGAUAGAGGGAGGGGAGCAGUGUACAGACACGACCAAGCACCUCUCUCACCCUCCCCUCAUCCCCUCCCCGUCCCCCACCCCGACGGCCACGUCACCCCCAGCCCGGUCCUCAGCCCCUCUGGUCGGCCCGGACUGCACUGCCGCCGCCCCGGUCACCGGCCCCACGGUCCAGGCGUCCGUGUCCGCAAUCAUCGCCCUGCGACGGGCCGUGAGGCGUCACCGGGACCGACGGGAGCGCCAGCGGCGCAUCUUCAAGAUGUCCCUUCUCAUUAUCUCCACCUUCCUGGGCUGCUGGGCUCCUCUGUCCGUGGCCAACGUGCUGAUCCUGGGCCUUGGGCCCAGCGACACCCUAGUCAGCGUGCGUCUCUGGUUCCUUGCCCUGGCCUAUGGUACCACCGUCUCCCACCCACUGCUCUACGCUUUCACCAGGCAGAAGCUGAGGCGUGCCCUCAGGGCCAAGGUGAAGAAGAGGGUGGUGUCCCUGCUGCAGGUGGAUCCCUCGCCAGGAGGGACAGUCAUACACAACUCCUGGGUGGAGCCGAGGAAGAGAUGCCAGUUACGGCUAGAGGGCUGUGACGCCGCUGCCCAUUGCCCGGCAGAACCCCUGUGAGAACAAAACAAACUAAGUGGGUAUAUCAAUUGAAUAGAGAGGGGCACAGGUCUGUGUGGAGGUCCCUGACCCUUCGCUGAGCAUUCUCCUAGGAAGACCAAUUCCCCUAAUAAACCACCUGUAGGAACACCGUCAAAAUGACCUCAGCCGGUCAUUCUGUGAGUUGAUGACAGAAACGUCCUGUUUUUCUCCACAGUGACCAUCACACUCCAAAGAAUCUGCUGUUAUAAAGCGUUUGAGGAGUAAGACAAACUUCACACAAUCAUUUGUAAAUGCCCAGCCUUGUGAGCUAGAAAGCAUAUGGUAGCAGGGAGUCAAGGCUUUUAGAUGGCGUUGUUGAUUUUUGCCUGUGAUAUUCUCUCACUUUGUGAGAUCAGGUUUCAACUCGGGACGACCACUUGCUGAUCGGAGCACUCCGUUUGUUGUAGUGAAUUGUCAAUACAGUGGCUUCACAGAAGCCUGGCAAAGCAAGGUGACACUAAAUGUUUCCAUCCACAAAUUAUGCAAUUUUUGGGCCAGUGGUGUAUUAAUGAGUUAAAUUAAUAUACUAAUGUACAGACAGACAUAUCUAUUUGUACCCCAUGAAAUUCCUUGUGGGGGUUCAAUUAAGCAUAUUGUGUGGCUACCCAGUCACUAAUGCAGUAUGAGUUAAGCUAAUACAUUAAUUUACAGUUAAGGAGUGCACUCAAUCAUAUCCUAAUGUUGCAUUAGUAUGUAAUAUAGAGAUCUAUAAAACAUUUGAUGAAAACAAGUUGUAUGAACUGGAUGGCUACAGUAACUUUAUCAGUGGUACCCAAUGGCACUUAGAACUAGCUAACCAGCUAGCAAACAAUGAUCCAAAAGCAUUAAUUAUUAUUAAAAAUACUCUGUAUUUUAGGAAUCACAGUUGCAAGUACCACUAACACACUGUUCAAUGUAAUUAUUUAGGUAUAACAUAUUUUUGCUUUUGUUACUAUGAAAAACCAAUGGCUUUAAUGCAAUUUAAACAAGAGCUUGUACAGUAUGUGGCCCUCAGACAAAAGCUUGUUUUAAAAGUAACUACUAUGAGCCACACAUAUCUGGUUUCCAAGUUCUGAAUUGUCUUGAACACACCACAAUGCUCAGGGUUUUGGUCUGGAAGCACACUUGGGACUGUUCCCAGGAGGCUUUAUUUAUACAGUCUGGUCCACAAUUCGCAUCAGUGUGAAAGAUGAGCAAAACAUUAAUAAUAGAAAUACUGAGCUAUAUUGCAUAUGUAAAAAAAAGUUACAUUCUGUAGAUAUAUAUUAUUUUGUACUAUAGUUUACAGAUGCAUUUGGUCUUCAGGGGAUAUCAUGGAGAUGAGUCUUUGAUCCAUUUUCCGCAUCAGAUGUUAAUAAACAACACUCCAUUUUAACUUCAUCUCCAUAGUUACUGGAUUGGUUAAAGAGUGCAAAAGGGAAACACCCGUAAUAGAUCAGGGGGCUUCCCGCUAAAGCAUUUUAGGAUUUCAUGUGGUUACGUUAUUGGUUUUUGUUUGGAUUUAAGUCUGGAGACUGAGAUUACCAUUGCAAAAUCUUGAUCAGUUGAUCAUUUCUUUCUUAGAUUUUGAUGUGUGCUUGGCGUUGAUGUCUCACUGGAGGAUCCAUUGUGACCAAGUGUCAGCUUCCUGGCAGAGGCUACCAGAUAUUUGGGUAAAAUCCAAGCACAAUAGCCUUAUAACAUCACUCCCACAUUUUACAGAAAGAUACUAUUCUUUAUGGCCUUGGCUCUGUAUCUCUUGUUAGACCAUAAAAAGAUGUAUCUCUUUCACUAAAGUUCUAGCUAUCUUAUGGAUGUUGUUGUUCCUCUUUUGUCAUAUGGAUUUGCUGCUGAAACAUUCACGUUUGAUGUAUUUCAUCUGCAAGAAUAAGUGACUAUUCGUAGGUGUCAACAUUUUCUGAAUGUUUUUACUUGGGAUACUGUAGUAGCAGAAACAGAGGUUAGUCUACACACAUUGCAUCUGGCAGAAACAUGUUGUGCGAUCAUUGCAUCAGGGUCCAGGAACAGCAGAGAAAGGGGUUGUAAAGGUUAAUAGAGGGCACAGCAUACUUUGUUUGAAAAUAUUAUGAAUAUGGUAGAUGCGCAGAAACUUCAGGAUCUUCCAUGAAAGAGAUUCUUAUUCUCUAAAGGUCAAGACUACAGGUGGAUCUGCAACAACUCAGUUUUUUCAUAUGCAUUUGUUUUUUCAACACAUUUGAGUGUUUAAGAACUAUAUUCAUAGAUGGCUUUUUAUAUAUGAUGUUCUUUUUGCAUUUUCUGCCCAAAAAUGCUAUUGAUUUUGAUUUUAUAUUGAUUCCUGAGUAGGUGAUAUCAGAUGUCAGCACGUAGGAUAAUUCGUAGGUCCGGUAAAUUAGAUCUGCAUUGCUGUACUGUCAGUUGGGAAGGUAUUUCAGUGGAUUUUUUCCCAGUCAUAUUAAAACCACCUUUCCACUUCUUAAUGAAAGUAAGGUUUGUUUUUCAACAGAGAGCUGUGAUUGGUUGCCAAAAUUUCAGGGCAGGGUUUAUCGAAGAUUCAACUGUGCAUUGUAGAAACAACUACUGGGACAUUAUACAAUUUAACCAACAGCGAACUAGAGCUGGAUUACGGAGACACCUCUGGAAACUACAGCUGGAUUACAGAAACACCUCUGCAAACUACAGCUGGAUUACAGAAACACCUCUGGAAACUAGAGCUGGAUUACAGAAACCCCUCUGGAGAGUAGAGAUGGAUUAAAGACACAGUUCUUGAAAGUAGAGCUGGACUAAAGACACAGUUCUUGAAAGUAGAGCUGGAUUAAAGACACCGUUAUUGAAAGUAGAGCUGGAUUAAAGAUACAGUUCUUGAAAGUAGAGCUGGAUUAAAGAUAUGGUUCUUGAAAGUAGAGCCAGGAUUACAGGAUCACCUUUUGCUGAAUUACCAUUGCUGUAUCUUUCUCUCCAGCCCAGCCACUACUUUACUCUGCCUCCUAUAGUAAGAUGUUCUUGUUUCCACAAACAAAACAUACAGGGCCAUUAUCAGGGCAGUGUCAGGAUGCGUUAUCUUUUAGGUACUAUAGUGUCUAUUUACAAAUGGAGACCUAAGGUGAAUUUUACUGAGUACAGCCCAUACAUGCUUAUGAUACUUCCCUAUGUGAGUGUAUGUAUGUAUUGCCAGCAGAAGAAUGCCACCCACUCAAGCAUUCAAAGGCAGCUUUCAAGGCAACACAAAAACAUUGACAACCAUAGAUACACAAAUACAAAUAAGUUUGGAUCUGCUAAAUGUUCCCAUGCCUAAAUUAUGUUAAUAAUUAUUCAUAGAUUCUUAAUGAGAAUGUUAUGUUUCUUUUCAAUGUUUUGUUGUGUUACAAUGUGAAAUUUAAAUUGAUUUAAUCAAUGAAGUCAACAAAAUACAUUAUGAAUAAAAUGAUUAACGUAUGUACAGUGAGGGAAACAUUUAUUUGAU